AUGUCUUCCAUUCAGGAAAUCCAGUUCGCCAUUAGCCGUAUUAAUCGGGUCUUGGCCAGCAAGAGGACACCAGGUUACAGAGAUAUUCGACUAGGCCUGGAUCGUAUCAACCGUGCCAUACCAGACAAGCAAGAGUGGAAGGGUAUUCACGUUGCUGGCACCAAUGGCAAAGGCUCAAUAUGCACCUUUCUUGCUGGUAUGUUCAAGCUUGCUGGUCUCGGUUAUGGAAGCUUCACAUCCCCCGCCUUUCCAGAGAGGCACAAUGGUGUCACAAUAAAUGGUCUUUAUGUGAAUCCGCGAAUGUACGAGAUGGAAAUGAAGCAUGUUGAGGAAAAGUACAACCGUAUUGCUGCUGGUUGGAAAUACAAGCACGGAGAGGAGCCUCCGAAUCUGACACCAUUCGAGUUCGAAACAGCAACAGCAUUCCGAGUAUUCAACAAAAUGCAUGUUCCCUAUGGUAUCGUCGAAGUUGGCAUGGGUGGUGCCACAGAUGCAACCAAUGCCAUGAAGCAAAAGUCUGUCACAAUCAUCUCCAAGAUCGGCCUCGACCACCAAGAGUACCUCGGAAAUUCCAUCGAACACAUUGCCAAGGUCAAAGCUGGCAUUAUGCAAAGGAACGUUCCUUGUAUUGUUGACCACACUAACAAGCCUUCUGUCAUCCAUGUACUACGAAAACAUGCUCGAGAAAUUGGAACAGACAUCAUCCUUACAUGGAAGGGCGAACCAUUACUGUUAACUCUCGACAACUCAAAAUGGAUGCUUGAGAGUUACCAAGUUCAGAAUCUGUUGUGUGCAGCCAUGGCAUUCCGUCAUCUCUUCCCGUUGCAGGAGAUCAACUUGGACAAGCUCAUGGAAACCGAUCCUUUCUUACCAGGCCGAUUGGAAACAGUUCAAGUCAACGCGCCACUUUCUGGUAUUCAGCCGCGGGAAAUCCUGGUCGACGGUGCUCACAACAUGUUGGGAAUCACAGAAUUGCGCAACCAUGUCAACAAACGACUACGAAAGGGUGACCAACCAGUGACCUGGGUUAUGGGUAUGUCCCAAAGCAAGCACAAGCCUUUCUUCAAGAUGAUGGAACGGCUUGUCGAGCCCCAGGACAACUUUGCUAUGGUUGAAUUCACUCAAGGUCCCAAUGAUCCUCAGCCUUUGCCCGCCUCAUUCGGUACCGAAUACGCCCAGAUGAAACAAAUCGCUCCUGGCAAUGUAUACUCUGGAACGCCUGACAUCGCGAGUGCUCUGCCAUGGGCUUGCAAGAAGAGUGGUGGAGGUCCUUUAGUGGUCACGGGGAGUCUUUACCUGAUUCGACAAUUAUUGGGUCUCAAAGGCAUUCGUCGAAGAAGAGAACUAGGUACGAGGAGACCUGGCAGAGCUCAGCUCUACCGAUAUUCCAAGAUUGCUCGGGAGAGAAAUCUGACAGACGAGGAGGCACGGGAGUUCAAACAGGCGAGACGACACCACUUCCUAUCACCGAAACGAAGUAAGGUCUUUGCCCAAGUACACGACGGCGGCCCUAUCCAACCACUAAAAGUACCCGUCAAGACAAGAGAGCUGCAAAGGAUGGCUGCGUUUCAUAAUAAACAGGCAGAGGGAUAUCGGAAGUCUAUCGCCGCCAUUAAGAGGGAUAUGGAAAGCCCAAAGAAGAAAACAGAUAAGCCUGAAACGGCCGUGGAAAACGUUGCCUCCCGUCUAGCAGACUUGGAGGCACAGGCUGCGAAGCACAAGGCAGAAUAUGAAGAUGCCAUGUUCAAAAUUAGGGGACAUCGUGCACUACCGCACAUGAAGUACAAGAGUCAUCGACAAGUGUUUGGGUAUCCAGCGACCCCCAAGCCCCCAACCAAGUCCCCUUUCCAGCCAGCAGGGUCAAAGAAGAAGCGCAAAGGCAAAUCUAAACACUCGUCGAAGGACAACAAGGAGAGCUUUAAAGACCAACUCGCUGCUGCUGAGAAGCAAAGGGCACUGGAGAUAAAACAGGCCAAGGCGAGAGAUAGCAGCGAUCCUUUUGAAGCACAGGUGGCUGCUAACAGGAAAACGGAGGGAAACUCAUGA